AAAUUACAAUUAUUUUGUCUCUUUGUCGUUGCAAAUUCAAAAUUUCGCAUUCGAAAAACAACUCGCAAAUUUUUGAGCACUCGAGUAAAGGAAAGGCUUAAUCCGGUACAAGGGAAUCCGCUCGAUAAAAAUUAACUUUAAUAAAUGUGUUUGAAAACUUGAAAAAAUAUAAAAACUAAAUUAAACAAAUCUGCUGUUUUAAGUGAAAUUCCCGCGAGCAUACACAAAAACCAAAAAAAAUAUUCACACAACCCAAGGUCCCUCACGCCAGACACACUCAGCAUGCCAGUGAACUUGAAGAAGCGCAGCAAGAAACGCACCAAGAAGACCAUUUCGCAUGUGAAGUUCCAGAAACUGAUUGUGCCCCGGCCGGAUGUGCUGCACGGCUACCUGCGGCACGAGGAGAUCAAUCGCUAUUUAGAAUAUCUGAAGAAUCGCUACAGUUUCGUGCAACUGCAUGUGCUCGGUCUGACACACGAGCGUCGUCAAUUGAAGGCGAUCGAAAUCGAUUGGAAUAGUGAGCAGAACUUGGAAGCCGUCGAACGUGAACGUACGCGUCGCAUGCUUUACGAUAAAACCGCAGUGACGCCACCGCCACAAAAUGUAAAGACCGGCGUACAGGGCCGCAAUACGAUCUUCAUAGAAGCCGGCACGCAUGCGCGCGAAUGGAUCAGCGUAGCGGUGGCCUUGAAUUGCAUCUACCAGCUAACGGAGAAGCAUUUGCGCAAUUAUGAGUUACUGCGCAAGCUGCGCUUUAUCAUUGUGCCAGUCACAAAUCCCGACGGUUAUGAGUAUACGUUCGUGAAGAAUCGUCGUUGGCGCAAGAAUCGUCGACCCAUUCGUCAUAGCCGUCACAUUGGCACCGAUUGUAAUCGCAAUUAUGACUUUCACUGGGAAGAUGGACCCUCGAAGAGCGGUCGCAAUACGUUCAAGGGUCUGAAGCCAUUCUCCGAGCCGGAGACACGCGCCAUGCGUAAUAUUCUGCGCAAACAUAAGGAGAAUUUAUUAUUCUUUCUGUCGCUGCACUCGUAUGCGGAGAGCAUUAUGUACCCCUGGGGAUAUAGCAAAGACCUACCCGAAACAUGGCAGAAAUUGGAAAAACUAGCGCUAGCCGGUCGCAAUGCCAUUAAGGCCUACAAUGGCAGAAGUUAUCGCGUCGGCAGCAUAGCAAAACUGACGAAACGACGCAUAUCUGGCUCAAUUGUGGACUACGUUUUCGGUGUAAUAAACGCGCCAUUGGCGUUGGUUAUGGAAUUGCCUUCGCAAGCUUUGGGUUUUCAGCCGCCAGCGGAGUCAAUUAGCCCGAUUGGGCACGAGAGUUGGUUCGGCAUACGAGAGAUGUGCAAAAUGGCGUAUGACAUAGAGGCGCCCUUUUUGAAAUUGGAGGCGACGUUAUUGGCGAAGGCGCUGACGAACGCUAGGCAACCGUUGCAUGAAGCCGACGCAGCGUCGAAUAGACAGCCACUCUACAGAGCGCUGAUGCCCGCCAUCAAAACCGAACAAGCGCUGAAGAACACGCAAGUGCCUGUAAAGGGUUGAAUAAAUUCAAACAUACAUACAUAUUUAUAAAUUUAUCAUACGAAACUCUUCUCAAAUUUAUAUUCCAUUUUCGGUUAUGUAAUAAGUAAAAAAAUUCUGUGGCAUUUCAAAUACUUUUUUUAUUUAUUAACUAAUAGCCAUAAGUAACUAAUAUACUACACGGGCAUACAUAUAGUAUUAGGGCGUUCGUUAUUUCCCCGUGAAUUUAUGCGCUGAAGAGAUGUAUUUAGUUUGCCAUGGUGUUUGCAAAACCCUAGAGGAAGCAUCUCAUACCCUCCGAGCUGAGUCCAUUUAGAUAUGUUCGCCUGUGCGUCCGUACGUCUGUCUGUAUAAACAUAAAUUAUUUUC